UGGGAGACCAGAUAUAGUGAAUGCAGGGUCCGGGGAGCCCAGAUAUAGUGAAUGCAGGGUCCUGGGAGACCAGAUAUAGUGAAUGCAGGGUCCUGGGAGACCGGAUAUAGUGAAUGCAGGGUUCGGGGAGACGGAUAUAGUGAAUGCAGGGUCCUGGGAGACCAGAUAUAGUGAAUGCAGGGGUCCGGGGAGACCGGAUAUAGUGAAUGCAGGGUCCGAGGAGACCGGAUAUAGUGAAUGCAGGGUCCUGGGAGACCGGAUAUAGUGAAUGCAGGGUCCAGGGAGACCGGAGAGAGUGAAUGCAGGGUCAUGGGAGACCGGAGAGAGUGAAUGCAGGGUCCUGGGAGACCAGAUAUAGUGAAU